UUCAAUCUACUAAAACAACGGGGAUAGUUAUGGAUCCUUUAAGUGCGAGUUAAUUUAAUCUCUGUCAUUUUGGCAGCGCAGAUAAAUGUACGGAUCCCUCUGAAUUGCGAAAUUGAAUAUUACUGUAUCUGCUAUAUAUUAAUCAGGUAGUUCAGGCGUUGCUUAGUAACUUUCCUAAAGCUUCCAGUCACGUAAGCUAAUUUAUCAUCAAGAGCCAAUCCGUGAACAGUAGACCUCCCAAGCCCCGCCUCCUAUGCUAGAGAAUCCUCGCUGAAUGGGAGCGCGUUUGCAUGUGUGCUGUACAAUCACACACCAGAGGAGUAUCUGGCACACACUGAGAGUUACUUUAUUUAAAUGCAAAGCUACUGAAGACCAGAAUCAAGACAUUUUUGCAGGAUUUUAUUGUGUGAACAUCACUGUGCUGAAAUGGGUGGCCAGGUAACCCGUACCUCUUUAGAUGGAGGAUCCCUUCGCUGCCACCCCUUGAAGGUGAGCAUGUGCCAACAGCUGCCAGCCCCCCUGCCGCUCUGUUUCCAUGCCAACACGAAAGGCUCUCAAAUUGUGAUGGACAAGACGCAGCGCAGUGUGCGCCGAAUUGCCAGCUUCUGCAAUGGCAUCACCUUCACCAACCGGCCAGUCAGAAUCUAUGAGCAGGUCCGGCUCAAGAUCACCAAGAAACAGGGAUGUUGGAGUGGCGCGCUGAGAGUGGGUUUCAGUUCGGUGGAUCCAUCUGAUUUAAGUUCAGCAUGGCUUCCACGGUUCGCCUGCCCAGAUUUAGUUAGCGAAAGGGGAUUUUGGGCCCGAGCGCUUCCUGAGGAACAAUGUGAAGAAGGAACCAUUCUGUCCUUCUGGUUUGAUAACACAGGACGAGUGUUUUACCGGGUAAACAGCGGCCCUCCUAUCUUCUUCUUCGGUGGUGUACCAGCCGGAGAGCCGGUUUGGGCAAUCAUUGACAUUUACGGGCUGACACGUGGAGUACAGCUACUUGACAGUAAGAUGGUGCCAGCUGAAUAUCUCUGUCCUGCUGUGACUCAUGAAUGCAUGGAUGAGUGGCAUCUGUCAAGCGACUGCUCUGAGCUUGACCUUCAGGAAGAUCUGCCAUCCUUCUCAAGCUCUCCAAACGCCCUCAACUCAGUGCUGUCACGUCAGCUCAACGAUGACUUGCAUUUCCACUGUGUGCAUGGCAACGGUCUGCGUCUGCUGACUGAACACAUAGUGGUGCGUUAUUAUAACAGACGCGAGGAUUGCGCUCUGGCGUUCACGCAUCGGCCGUUGCGCUGUGGAGAGUGUGUGUUCCUAAAGGUCUCGUUGAAGUCAUCUGCUCUGAAUGGAUUUUUGUCUUAUGGAUUCACUUCCUGUAACCCAGGCCAUAUUAAUCCAAAGCACCUGCCGGUCAGUCCAGAUGACCUGCUGGACCGCAAAGAAUUCUGGGCUUUUAGCUGCCUGACUUCACCGCUUGUGGGCGGGGAUAUCAUCGGUUUCCGGGCAACUGCAGAAGGGGAGGUGCUUGUGAGUCAUAAUGGAGGGAGAGCGUGCAGAGAGAUGUGUGUGGAUAACUCCACUCCUCUGUGGAUGAUCUUCCAUUUACAGCCACACAUCAAGCAAAUCAGCAUACUGGGCACUUCCUGUGGUUACUCUCCAUCCUGUUCAGAAAUUCAGAGGUCCAUCUUUGGUGAUGUCAGUCACCUCUCAGCCAAUCACAUUUACAGUAGAGCAGUCAGGGGUUUUACGGACAGCUUUGAGUGCCGCCCACAGAGUCUCAGCAGUUCUGCAGGGACAACAUUCAGUUCACUGUCCUCAGAAUCUCCCAGUACCCCAUCAUGCUGUGCGAUUACUGGUGAGGAGUGUUUGAUUUGCUGUGAGAGGGCAGUGGACUCAGUGCUGUACGCAUGUGGACACAUGUGCAUGUGCUCCGUCUGUGGUGGGAAGCUAAUGGAGAUGUCAAACCCAUCUUGCCCCAUGUGUCGCAGCCCAAUCAGAGACGUCAUCAAAAUAUACCGCAGCAUGUAAACUGGAAACCACCUCUCCAGCAAAUAGGAUGACAAUACUGGGUGAUUCUGAAGAGGCUCCUUCACAGGUUCUCGUCCUGUUUGAAAAGGAAUUCCUGCAAGUCCAUUUAAAAGGCUGCUUGUUUGAGUUCAGCAAGGAAGAAGUAUUAAAUGACUGUUUGAUAUACUAAAUGUCUGACCAAAAAUGCAGAGAAAACCCAGAAGUACAGUAACUGCAUAAGUGAAUGGCACAACAAUAAUAUAAUCCCAGAUAAUAAAUCUCUAUUGCCUAUAAAUCUCUAUGGACAAAUGGCUAAAUGUGCAUAAUGGGAAAUCAAGCUACUAUGAGACCAAUUCUGAUUUUCAGUUUGAUAAUGUCCUACUGACUUCAUACAAAACUGUUCACAAAUAGUUCUUCAACCUGUAUAUGUUAAAUCAAUCCAGAAUAAGAAUCUGAAAACUACAUUGUGGAUUUGAUGUGUUGAUAAAUAUUUUUUUGCAAAACAUUAAACUGAAAAACUAAAAACUAUUUUACAUACCAAAGUAGACAUUCACAAAACUGUAAGUGCCAAUAACUUUUAUUUGUGUUCAUUGUGAAAUAAAACUACAACUGUAAUGCUAACCAACAGCAGAGCCUGUAAUUAUUACUGCCAAGAAAAUAAUAAUUAGAGAUUAAUGUUUUAAAGGUUUUUAUAUUAAGCAUUUAUAAUAAUGCAAUGAUUGACCACUUGAUGAUUGAAUGAUUUAGUUAACUUACAUAAUGCAUGGACAUAAACACACAAACACCAUCAAGCUAUUGUGAUGAAGAUGCAAAACAGCACUUGGCUAUUUAUUAUAAGAAUAGAUUUGAAAAUGAAGUGAUUUAAUAGGAAUAGGAAUAGCACCAUGUUUAAUUACACAAACAAAGAGACACACAGAUAAGACAGACAGAUAGACAGACAGAUAGACAGACAGAUAGAUAGAUAGAUAGAUAGAUAGAUAGACAUUUAUUUGAAAGUGCAUUUAGUCUGUAAACAGACCCUGAUAUUUGUUUAGUAAAAAAACAAAGAGACACAUUUUAACCAAAAACGUCUGCAGCAUAUUAAGACCAGCUAAGAGCAAUAACUAAAAGCCUGUUCAGUGACAAAAACAUCACAUCAUCCAGCACAAGCAGGAGUAUACAGCAUAUAAACAAGUUGUCAGUCAACAAGAGAAUUCACUUGUGACUGACUCUUUAGUGUUCCCCGAUUUUGUGAACAGAGACAACA